AGGGGUUUUCUCUCUUAAACAUCAGCAGAACAGACCAUGAAGCUCAUCCACACUGACAGGCAAUGUAGGAUCCACAAGCUGUGUGGACAGCCAUGAGUGAAGACACUGAUGGACUGGCAGAGCUGGACUCUGAGCACAAUGCAGAGCUGGCCGACAUGGUGGCCGCCAUGAGCAUGGCAUCCAACCGGAUGACCCCUCCCAACAGUCACCGAAGGCCCCCUGCACCAGCGCGCCGGAAGCUGUCAUUGUCAGACAGGAAGCUAUCAUUGCAGGAGCGAUCGACCCAGCCGCGAGAGGCCCGACAGCCCACCAUCGAGUCCAAGCGGGUGUCCAUCUCAGAUUCCCAGAAUUGUAUCCAGCUCAACCAAUACAAGUUGAAGGAUGAGAUUGGAAAGGGCUCAUAUGGGGUGGUGAGAUUAGCUUACAAUGAAGAUGAUGAACAAUACUAUGCAAUGAAAGUUUUUUCAAAAAAGAAGUUGAUGAAGAUGUGUGGAUUUCCUCGGCGUCCCCCUCCUCGAGGAGCCAGCACAGAACAGGGACUGCCACCCAAACCCCUGGGGCCACUGGAGAGAGUCUACCAGGAGAUCGCCAUCCUGAAGAAACUAGACCACCUUAACAUUGUCAAUUUGGUGGAGGUUCUCGAUGAUCCUGCUGAAGAUAAUCUCCACAUGGCCUUUGAGUUAAUGCCAAAAGGCCCAGUGAUGGAGGUGCCCUCAGACACUCCUUUCACAGAGGGACAAGCCCGCUUCUACUUCAGAGACAUCAUCCUGGGGAUUGAAUACUUGCACUACCAGAAGAUCAUCCACAGAGACAUCAAGCCUUCCAACCUGUUACUGGGAGACAAUGGGCAUGUGAAGAUUGCAGACUUUGGUGUCAGUAACCAGUUUGAGGGGAGUGAUGCUCUUCUGUCCAGCUCAGCAGGGACUCCAGCCUUCAUGGCCCCCGAGAUGAUGACUGACCAUGAACAGAGCUUUACUGGCAAGGCCUUGGAUGUGUGGGCCAUGGGAAUCACCCUGUACUGCUUUGUCUAUGGGAAGUGCCCUUUCAUCGAUGAAUACAUCAUUGGCCUGCACAAUAAGAUCAGGAACAGGUCUGUGGAGUUCCCAGACAUGCCGGAAGUUUGCAAGGAGUUGAAGGAUCUUAUUGUAAGGAUGCUGGAUAAAAAUCCUUAUACAAGGAUCACCAUUCCUGAAAUCAAGGAGCACCCGUGGGUGACGGAGGAUGGCACUGACCUUCUACCCCUGGAGGAGGAACACUGCACCGUGGUGGAGGUCACUGAGGAGGAGGUCCAGAACUCUAUCAAACUCAUCCCCAGUCUGUCCGCUGUGAUCCUGGUGAAGUCCAUGCUGAGGAAGAGGUCCUUCAGUAACCCAUUUGUGUGUCAGAACAGGAGGGCAGAGAGGUCCAUGUCUGCUCCAGGAGGGUUCCUUGCAGACUCUUGGGGGAUUUUGGAAUCCAAGGUUCAUCCUUCAUUGAGGAAAUCAAGCAGAGUCGCAGAGUUGGAUGGAAGCGUAGAAGGAGAGUUGGAGGACCUUACUGAAGAUGAUGGUACAUUUGCAUAGGCCUGCUGGUAAACCUGCUCCCACACCAUUCUUUCUUUGUUUUUUUAAAUUUUCUGAUUGACCUGUUUAAAUUAAAGGACAGACCUGUUUAAAGAAAACUCUUUGCUGUAUCUUCACAUAAUAUGUAAUAUUAAUGUAAUGUAUUUGAAGAAAGAUCCAAAUGAAAGAGCUCAGCCCGAUACAGUCUUUUAGAAAGAUUUGUGAUAAACCUUUAUGUAUCAUAUAAUAACAGUACAAACCAUGUGUUAGUUUAAAAAAACUUUUGUCUUAUCCCAACUGCAUGAUGUUUGUGUCUGUUGUUAACAUAGGUUUCAUUGUCUAUUCAUGACUGUGCUAUAGUACUCUUAAUAGUCUGAAUGCCUUUUGUAUGGUUAGCUCUGUGUUUCUACAAAUAUUACACCUAUGUGCUCAGCUGAAAUGUGGUUGUUACAAUGCAAAUAUUUACCAUUCUAAAGAAGUCAUUUUUGCAUGCUUUCAUACAGUUGAUGUUAACGAUAAUUAAAGUUAGCAAAUGAACAUUCUUGUUUGUUCCCUUGUAUAGCUCUCUCUAACAGGAUGUGCUGACUCUUGCAUGCAGGUGUUAUUAACGUCCUAUAGGGCAAGCAAUCUUUCAUCUGGAGCUGUUUAAAAAAUAAGAGUAGGACUAAAUGCUUUAUUAUAUUUUUUUUUAUUGUUGUACAAAUUGAAGUGAGUAACAUCACAUCUAGAACUCCAUCAAGAUGUCAAAUGGACUUCUGGAACAUGUGUCAGAAUAGCCUGACCACGGGCCUCCCGGGUGGCGCAGUGGUAAGGGCGCUGUACUGCAGCGCCAGCUGUGCCAUCAGAGACUCUGGGUUUGCGUCCAGGCUCUGUCGUAACCGGCCGCGACCGGGAGGUCCGUGGGGCGACGCACAAUUGGCCUAGCGUCGUCCGGGUUAGGGAGGGUUUGGCAGGUAGGGAUGUCCUUGUCUCAUCGCGCACCAGCGACUCCUGUGGCGGGCCGGGCGCAGUGCGCGCUAGCCAAGGUUGCCUCGACACAUUGGUGCGGCUGGCUUCCGGGUUGGAUGCGCGUUGUGUAAAGAAGCAGUGCGGCUUGGUUGGGUUGUGUAUCGGAGGACGCAUGACUUUCAACCUUCGUCUCUCCCGAGCCCGUACGGGAGUUGUAGCGAUGAGACAAGAUAGUAGCUACUAAAACAAUUGGAUACCACGAAAAAGUGGUAAAAUUCAAAACAAAAAAAAACACAAAAAAAAUAAUAGCCUGACCACAGCUUUUAGGACAACAUACAGAUUUAAGAGUGAAAAACAAGUUAUGUCGACACAAAGUCUGCAUUGCAAGGAGCUAAAAAGUGGAGCUUAUUCUGAAUCAUCUCAGCUGACAUGAAAGUUAUGUAGUAUGACAAUGUAAACACCUGAAUAAGACAAAAUACCUGUUUUCGGUUUGGCUUUUUUCAUUGGUGCUUUUGAAAUUCUGAAGUAUAUCACAUAAUUUUCAACAAUAUGGCCACAUAUUUGUUCAUAUUGAUAUUCCCUCAUGUCAUAGCCCAGUAGGCUAUUCAAAUAUGGCUCUCUGACACCAUCCACAUGUUUUUGUAAAAACACAACUGGAAUAACACUUGUAUUAUUGUGACGGGGUAGGAACCUGGGCCCAGAUUCACAAAACCUUCUUAAGAGAAAUGUCUUCUUAAUACACCCACAAACUUAAUCUGAAAGUUUCAGUAUUGAUUAUUUUAAACCCAAGAACAUGUUUUAGAACAGUAAUCGCAAUAAUAAAUAUGCUAACAUGAUUACCAUUGCUAGCUAGCUAGCUAGCUAAAUUGGUUGCCUAGAGAUUACGGUUCUAAAACAUCUUCUUGGGCUAAAAUAAUCAAUACGGAAACUAUUUUAGCUAGUGUAGAAUUUCCAAUAACUUUAGUUCAAGAAUCUACAUUUCUUCUUAACUUUUUGCUUCAGGAGAAAUAGCUCAAGAACAUUUCCAAGAACCUUUUUUAAGAAUAGCAACUUUGCUUAACUUUCUUCUUAAGUCUAUAGUUAUGGAGAAAAUGGCAGUUAAGAAGACAUUUCUUCUUAAGAACGUUUUGUGAAUCUGGGCCCCUGUGAAUCUGGGCCGCUGGGACCUUAAUUAGGAUGGGACAGGUCGAAAGUAUCAAAGCGCCCCUAUGACGUGUUUAGGUAAGAGAUUUUGUACCUGCAGUUGAUGGAGACUGUGUCUGAGAACCAUGCUGUUUUGAAGAAAUGUUUGGGAUGUGUGCAAUCUACUAAGGUAUGUGUCUACUUUGAUUUUCAGUGUUUGUUUAUUCAAAAUUGAAAGACAUAAAGUCAUAGGCCUUAUGUUCAGUGUCCCUGUUUCUUUGUAAAUAUACCACUAGAUGGCACCCUUCUGUCUAACUGUAUCUAUUGUGCCUCAGGCUAGUUUUUUUCUCCAUUGUUCUUCAUACAGAGGCUACAUUAGGCUUGCUUCAGACAUAUUAUAGUGUAUUUCUGUAGAAUGAACUAAUACCACUUGCCAACGACCACAAUGACACAUCAUGCCAUUUGUCAAAUGCUUUUUUUCUUUCAACGGUCAGGGAACACCUUGAUGUCACACAAUGCAUGUAAAGGUGUGCCCACUCUUGAUAAGAAAGAGGUGCACAUAUGAAGUCCAUACGUCACUGUCAUGCACUCCUCAGCAAGAGGAGGUAAAAAAUAGGUGUGUUUAUCCUGUGUACUAUAGAGCCAUUUAUCUCAAGGGGCUGUCAUACAAGACAUAUGUGUUAUGAUAGGGGAUUUGGAUUGACACACAGUCCCUUUAUCUAAAAUGAACACUCCAGGGGUUAAGUUUCCCUAUAUUGAAGUGAGUGACUUACUGCACAGGUGUUAGGGGUACCUGCUAAAUGCACAGCCUCCAUGGGAGCUGUAACAAAAUAAAAAAGGCCUGUUCAUUAAUUUAUUAAAACAUGCACAUCACUUUGGACCAUGUUUAAUCAUUUUUCACAUUAGUUGGCUUUUUUGUGAUCCGUUUGUUUUUCCAUUA